GAAAAAUUUCCAAUAUCGAAGACUCAGGUUCAUUUGAUCAGUCUUGUUCAGGUUUCGAGGGCGAGACCAGCAAACCCGACUUGACGGGCUCUACUAGUCGGUCCUAAGAAUUACACUCACUUCAUUCAUCAUGGCCGACGAAGUAACAGAGCAGCCGGCAUCACCGGUAGACCUCUCAUCUUCCUCCAAAAAGCGCAAGACUCAAAUGGAGGAGAUCGAGGUAGAUCUUGCUCUUCCAGAGCCACCCUCGAAGAAAGCGAAACGACUACUGAAGAAGGGUAAACCACUACCUGUGAAACCGAACAGCGACGACGAAGCCGACGAUGGCCUUGACGUACCCAAAACUAAAGACACAAAGGAUAAAAAGCGAUCAGAUUACGGAAUCUGGAUAGGAAACCUCCCUUUCACUUUGACGCGGCCCGAACUCUUUAAGUGGCUAGUAGAUUGCUCCGGAGGCAUAAUAAAGGAGGAGAGCAUUACAAGGGUGAAUCUACCUACCAACAAGGAGCGCAAUAAGCAGGCCAGGCAGCAAAAUGGAGAUGUAUCGCAACAGAGCAAACCCCAAAACAAGGGCUUCGCGUAUGUCGAUUUCGAUACGGAAGGCGCGGCCGUCGCUGCUAUGGCGCUUACAGAGACCGAGCUUGAGGGGCGAAAAGUGCUGAUCAAGAACGCUACGUCUUUCGAGGGCAGGCCCCAAAAGGAGGCAGCUGGUCCUGCCCCCGAGGGCGGCGCAACAAAUGGUACAGAAGUAAAUGGCGCUGGGCCAACUGCUGCUCGACAGCAAAACAACGCUAGCCGGAAGAUAUACGUGGGAAACUUGUCGUUUCAGGUCACAGAGGAUGACGUGCGGGCGCAGUUCGAGAAGUGCGGAGAGAUCGAAUGGGUGAAAGUCGCCACGUUCGAGGACAGCGGGAAAUGCAAAGGCUACGGCUGGGUCAAAUUCAAAGAAGCAGAGGCCGCGGCUUGGGCCGUGAAAGGCUUUGUCAAGAUUAAAGAGGAGAUUGAGACGGAAGAUGACUUCAGAGAUGCGGAUGAGACGAAGGAUGAUGACGAUGCUGAUAACGAGAGCAAGGAUAAGGCCCGGAAAUUUCAGAUGCGCAAGUGGUGGGUUAACAGGCUACACGGACGAGAGCUCAAGAUCGAGCUCGCUGAAGAUGACCAGGUCAGGUAUAAGAAAAGGUAUGGCAAAGGUGCUCCCGGUAGGAACGGGAAUCCUCAGCAGAACGGGAGAAGACCAGCAAGGCGAGAAGAAGGGGCCGACAGAGAUAAUUCGGCGUCUACUAGGACUUCGUCUGCUCCAAAGUACGGUGAGGCAUCUGUUGCGUCGUACAAGACUGGUGCGGUUCAGAAGUCAGAGGGCAAGAAGAUCACUUUUGACUAGCUUAUGACUUGGAUAAUACUAUUAUGCUCACGACAGGAUGGAUUCCUCGGUUCUUCAUACCAUUGGCCUCUUUACGUGUGCGUCGAGCAAGAUUUCCGGACUAGAUCAUCCUGUGUUAAUGCGAUAAAUGAAGCAGAUUCCUGGAGCCCAAACACCGUCACUGUGCCUUUCGGCGUUUGGAAAUGCAAUUUCAUGGACAUGGUAACACUGCUGCUCAGGGAUUGAAAGUAUAUGACAUUUGGCCAACCUUAUAGCCUAUCGGUUGAAGCGAUUGUGACAGAUACGACGGACGAUGCCCUUUGAUCAUCCUUGCUGGUAUGGUUUUGGGUCGCCUAAGGCACUGAACGCUCAAAGGCAAGGCAGAAUCGGGCACCGUACCAAGGCGAUCAGCUAAUAGGCAUCUUAAUUGUCAAGUGCUCGACGGCAAUUUUCCCCGAGCUCUGCUAAGACCCCUAACGAACUUGUAUGCCCGUCGCCCAGGUGACUGCGUUGA